AUGAGCCAAGCGUGUGAGAUGGAGUUGUCACAGAGAGACAAACUUUCUGAGCUUGUGGAGGAGCUGACGACGUCAGGGCAGGGUGAACUAAACCAAGACAAAAUGAAGGAAAUAAAGACUCUCUGCAAGCUAUCUAAUGACUGCAUAGACCAUGUUUACCAUUCACUCAUGUCUCAGUUGAACCAGGACCACUCAGAAAUCCGGUUUUCUGCUUUUCAAAUUGCCAGUGAACUUUUCAACAGAUCUCAUCAUUUUAGAACGCUGUUGGUAGACAAUUUCCAGGAUUUCCUAGAGUUGACUGUAGAGACUGACCUUGAUCAGCCCCUACCUCCUCCCAAAGAAGUCGCUAAAAAGUUGAAAUCGUUGGCUAUUAAGACGGUCCAGUCUUGGCAGGCAUCUUAUGGAUCAGCAUACAAAAAACUGGCAUUAGGGUACCAUUUUCUCAAACAGGUUAAAAAGGUAGAUUUUCAGGAUGUUGAGGCCCGGACAGUGGCAGACAGAAGGAGGGAGGAAGAGCGGAGAAGUCGAUUGGAGAGAAUCUAUAAGGAAAAAGCAGAGGCAGCGACUAAAGACAUGGAAGAUUCUUAUGAAGAAAUUGAAGCAACCCUGACUGAGAUGGAGUCGUGUAUGAAUCUGCUGCUUCCAGACUUCGAGCUCACAAGUGUCAAAGAGGACUUUCCCAGAAACAGCUCUCCUAAACCAGCUAACGUACAUGAGACACAGCCUUGUUGUAGUAAAGACUUAGUUGAAGAACAAGCAACAAAUUACGAUCAAAAUCAAAGUACAGAAAAAGAGCAGCUGAAGCCGCAGAACACAAGUCAAAGGGAGGAUGAAGAUGAAAGCAGCGACGAAGAUCAACCUGCGAAUGAAGAUGUGUUUAUCCGUAACUCUGGGCUCCUCUCACAUGCGUACAGUCUCGAUAUAAAUCUGAGCCCUGGGCUUCAUGUUAAAGAAAAUGAAGACAAUGAGGCAGUGGUCUCUACAGUGAGAGAUCUGCACCGAUUGAUGACCACAAAGCAUCUCCCAGCGGUGCAGGGAUGGGUCCAGGUUUUAACUAAAGCAGGAGCCGAGCAGAGGUUGUUGAGGAGAGCUCUAGAUCUGAAGAAUUCUUUAGAGGCUGCUCUACAGAAACACAAGGAGCUACACAUCGACUACAAAUCCAGAGUCCGGAAAGUGAUGAAGGCUUCCUCAGAUGGAGAUGAUGACGACGACGAUGAUUUUGAUGAGGUCCCGGAGAAGGAGGGCUACGAGCCGCACAUUCCAGAGCACCUCCGGGCAGAGUACGGUUUGGAUCCUUCACCAUCUACCUCUUCUGCACCAGUCACAAAACCAGUUCCUGUCAAGCGACCAGCAGCCCCUCAGCCUCCCGCCUCUACCUCCUCCUCCUCCUCUUCUUCUUCUUCAAGAGAACUAAAAAGACUCAGGGAAGAGGAGCAAGACCCGACCUCAGCAGCAGCGACAAUACGCUGCCUCAAAGAUAAAAUCACUCUCCCAACUGAGGCCAGUAGCUACACAGAAGCUACUGCGUCUAAGUCCAAAUCUGAUAAGAAAGGAAAGGACGCUCCUGUGGUUCCCUUCGGUUUAGAUAUCUACUACUGGGGCCAAGAACAACCCACUGCUGGCAAGAUCAUCAAGUCAGCCUCCCAGCAUCAGUUCUGGGUGCCAGUGGAGACGGAGGAGGAGGUGGAGAACAAGGAGCUGGCAGCAGAGAGCCGCAGCCGCUACAUCUCCUUCCCUGGACGCUUCACUCCAGUCAGCCACUUCUGCCAAGCUCCACUGGGCAAUGGGAAACUGUGCCAGAGACAAGACAGGGUUAAGUGCCCUUUCCAUGGACUGAUCAUUCCACGGGACAAGGAUGGGAAACCUUGUAAAGCAGAGGACAGACGGAGGGAGGAGCAGGAGGAGCUGAGGAGGAGGGAGGAGCAGCCUGAUUGGCGAGACCCGGAGUUGAUGCGAGACAUUGAGGCAGCCACUGGACACGACCUGGGCUCGAACAGAGUGGGAAAGAAAGGCAAAGGCAAAGGGAAGAAGAAGAAGUUCCCAAACCUCAGUGACCUCAAGCAGAACGCCAACACAUCACGCUCACGGCUCGAGAAGAAGGUCUUCAACAAGAGCUCCAUGCGCAGAGUGGCUGAGGUGAUGAUUAAAUCAGACAUGAGAAAACACGACAAGUUCUCCAACCAGUUCAACUACGCUCUCAAAUGA